AUGGGCAUGUUCGCUCAUUAUUCUGACUUUAUUAAGGGGUUUUCAGAGAAGAUUCAGCCCCUUUCAUCGACUAAAAUUUUUCCAUUAUCAGAAGAAGCAAUUAACUCCUUCAAUGAAUUGAAAAAUGAAAUAGUAAGUGCAACUAAAGCCCCAAUCCAAAAUGACAUACCAUUUACAGUUGAGACCGAUGCAUCUGAGUUUGCAAUCGGCUCAACCUUGUCACAAGCAGGACGUCCAGUAGCUUUUUAUUCAAAAACAUUAUCAAAAUCUGAAAAGAACCAUUCUUCUAUUGAAAAAGAAGCUCAAGCAAUCGUAGAAUCUCUAAAGAAGUGGAGACACUAUCUUAUUGGCCGCCCAUUCCUACUCAUUACAGACCAAAGAUCAGUUUCUUUCAUGUUUGACAAUAAAAGAUUUAGAAAAAUAAAGAAUGAAAAGAUACAGCGUUGGCGUUUAGAACUGUCUUGUUUCAAGUAUGAUAUAGUAUAUCGACCAGGCAAGGAAAAUGGAGUUGCAGACACCAUGUCACGAUUGUGUGGAACGAUUUGUGGUCGUCCAAACUUAAAUGAUAUCCACACGAGUCUGUGUCACCCUGGAGUGAAAAGAUUCUACCACUGGAUUAGAUCGAAAAACUUACCUUUUUCACUGGAAGAAGUUUGUCGUACGACAGCUCAAUGUCGAAUUUGUGCUGAACUUAAGCCUAGGUUUUGUAAAUAUGAAGGUACGUUAAUCAAAGCUACAGCACCUUUUGAGCGACUGAACUUGGACUUUAAAGGACCAAUUCCAAGUGCUACACAAAAUAAAUACAUAUUAACUGUUGUAGACGAGUAUUCACGAUAUCCAUUUGCUUUCCCCUGUAGAGACAUGACUUCCAGUACCGUGAUUGAGAAACUGAAAGAAAUUUUUACAAUUUUUGGUAUGCCUUCAUUCAUUCAUUCAGACCGAGGAACGUCAUUAAUGUCAGACGAAUUAAAGUCUUUCUUACAAACUCAUGGUGUUGCGUCAAGCCACUCUUCUGCUUAUAAUCCUAGAGGGAAUGGCCAAGUAGAGAGAUUCAAUGGUACUAUAUGGAAGACUGUUAUGCUUGCUCUCAGAACCCAAGACCUACCCGUAAAGUAUUGGGAAUCAGUUCUUCCUGAAGCACUUCAUUCAAUAAGAUCAUUAUUAUGUACAUCAACCAAUACAACACCUCAUGAACUGAUGUUAAAGCACCCCAGAAGAUCGUAUUAUCGAGGUUCACUUCCAAGCUGGCUGUCACAACCCGGCCCAGUGCUGUUGAGAAAGCACAACAGAUCCAGCAAGUAUGACUCGCUUGUAGAAGAGGUAGAACUUAUUCAAGCAAAUCCAGGUUAUGCUCAUGUGAAACUCCCAAAUGGACAAGAGAAGACAGUAUCCAUAAGAGAUCUGGCCCCAGCACCUGGACAAUCAUCUUUAGAAACAGACUACCAAUUGCCAGAAACAGAUGGAAAUGAACAAGUUAUUCAAGAACCGGAGGUUUCAUUUGAUCAAGAACAAGAGGAAAAUGAUUCUAGUGGGACAUUAAGUGACACGAAUGUACCAGUUGAACAUGCAAACAGUUCUUGCAAAGACUCAAGUUCAGUGCCUUCCAAAACGCAUCCACAGCGUGUACGGCAAAGACCUUACUAUCUAAAAGACUACGUCUCGUUUUAG